AUGUUAUCAACAUAUACAAGGGCGGUAGGCCGACAGUUGCCCGUCCUGGGCGCCACGCCCUCUCUCUUGAGCUCUAGAAUAUCUUGCACCCACCACGCCGUGCCGUCAUGGCGCGCCGCCUCCACAGCAUCGCAGAAGCUCGACCUUCCAGCCCUUGACAGGAAGUGGCGAGCAGAAUGGGACCGCAUCAAGGCCAGUCGGCCCCUCGCCGGCCAUGACAAGGCGGACAAGGAUAGCAAAUACAUCUUGCCAAUGUUCCCGUACCCUUCAGGCCACCUGCACAUCGGCCAUCUUAGGGUCUAUACCAUCGCCGACGUCCUCGCGCGGUUUCACACCCUCCAGGGAAACAAGGCCAUCUUGCCCAUGGGCUGGGACUCUUUUGGACUUCCCGCAGAGAAUGCUGCCCUCCAGCGAGGCAUAAACCCGGCGACAUGGACCAAGGGAAACAUAGCUAAGAUGAAGGAGCAGCUGCAGUACAUGAACGGCAGCUGGGACUGGGAACGUGAGAUUUCCACGUGCGAACCCGAGUUCUACAAACAUACCCAACGCAUUUUCCUCAUGCUGCACGAGAAGGGUCUAGCAUACCAGGCUGAAGCGGAGGUCAACUAUGACCCCGUUGACCAGACCGUGCUGGCGAAUGAACAGGUGGACGCUAAUGGUUGCUCCUGGAGGUCUGGUGCCAAGGUCGAGAAGCGCCGUCUGAAGCAAUGGUUUUUCAAAAUCUCAGAGUUCCGUGAAGAACUUCUGCAACAUCUUGAAGUCCUCGCGAAAGAGGAGGCUUGGCCCGAGCGGGUAGCUGCCAUGCAGAAGAAUUGGCUGGGCAAGUCGCAGGGUGCAAUGAUCAAGUUUCCCAUCAUGGCUCACAGCCAAGACGCUCAUGCCUCCAUCGAAGUCUACACCACCAGGCCUGAUACCUUAUUUGGGGUACAAUAUCUGGCGCUGUCUGCAAACCACCCCAUCGUAACGCGUCUCUCAGAGACAGACCCUGAGCUCCAGGCUUUCCUGGACACUUUGCCUGGCCUUCCACCUGACUCCAAAGUCGGCUACAUGCUCCCUGGAAUAAGGGCUAUCAAUCCUCUUGCAUAUCACGAACAGACUCCAGACCCAGCAAAGGAGUCUCUUCCUGUGUAUGUCGCGCCCUAUGUCCUUGGUGACUACGGCGAGGGCGCAGUCAUGGGUGUCCCAGGCCACGAUCUCCGCGACAAUGCAUUCUGGAAGGAGCAUCAUUAUGACCAACCUGUUCGUUUUGUGCUAGCUGCAUCCGAAGACGAGUCUACGACGGCCAUUCCGAACGAGCCUUUCUUGGAGCACGGCGUUAUGACAGCUGAAAGUGGGUUGUUCCGAGGCAAAUCGUCUCAAGAAUCUGGUCAAAUGUUGCUCAAGAUCCUCGAGGCUGCCGAGGUGGCGAAACCGGUCGAGAAAUGGAGGUUGCGAGACUGGCUUGUCAGUCGCCAAAGAUACUGGGGGACUCCCAUCCCGAUCAUACACUGCGACUCAUGUGGUGCUGUACCUGUACCUGCCGAGCAGCUUCCAGUUGAGUUGCCUGAGGUUGAUAACCACUGGGCGGAGGGCAAGCCAGGAAACCCACUUGAGUCGGCAGCCGACUGGGUGAACACGUCCUGCCCUUCAUGUGGCAGCGCUGCGAAGAGAGAUACUGAUACUAUGGACACGUUCGUCGACUCGAGUUGGUACUACAUGCGUUUUAUCGAUCCUAAUAACAACGACGCCCCUUUCUCGAAGGACAAGGCGUCGCUUCUACCUGUCGAUCUUUACGUGGGUGGCAUAGAGCAUGCCAUUCUGCAUCUUCUCUACGCGCGAUUCAUCUACAAAUUCCUCAUGAGCUCCUCUCUGAGCCCUGCAGAAUCAUCAGAUUCUGCCCACGAGCCAUUCACCCGCCUCAUCACCCAGGGAAUGGUGCACGGAAAGACGUUCAUUGAGCCAUCAAAUGGCCGGUUUUUAAAGCCUGAUGAGCUUGAUCUGACAGAUCCGUCCAACCCAAAGGUGUCAGCUACUGGAGAGCCAGCAACCAUUAGCUAUGAGAAGAUGUCAAAGUCCAAGUUUAACGGAGUGGAUCCCACCGAGUUCAUCACGAAAUACGGAGCCGAUGCCACCAGAGCACACAUGUUAUUUCAAGCACCCGUCAAUGAUGUGGUCAACUGGGAUGAAGGCAAAAUCUCAGGAGUCACACGCUGGCUGGGCCGAGUACACGACCUGGCGAAGACCAUUUCCACGCUCAAGGACGUAAACAAGGAAGCCACUGAGCAUAUUAAAGCCUGUGCGUCGAGAGUACACGGUAUGAAAAGUCCUGAGCUCACACAAUGGGACACGGACACCGGCAUCUGGCGGGACGUACAAAACACGAUAAUUUCAGUAACAAAAUCGUACCACGAGGUCUACUCCCUCAACACCGUGAUCUCCGACCUCAUGAGCCUUACCAACACAAUCGCAUCUCACAAUGGCGCCACCGAGGUGAUCCGCGCCGCUGCGGUCUCGACACUCGUCAGAAUGCUCGCUCCUGUCGCGCCUGCAUCUGCCUCCGAGUGUUGGGAGAGUCUCGGCAUGCAAGAGCCACUAUUUUCCGGCUCAGCGCAAUUCCCUGUGCCGGACGGGACGCUUUCAUGCAUGAAACCCAGGGAGCAGUCCUGUGCAGUCCAAAUUAAUGGGAAGGUAAGGGACGUCUUGGAGAUUCCCGUACCACCGGAAGGCAUGAAGCAGGAGAAAGUGGAAGGGUGGGUUGUGGACGAGAUCUUGCGAAAGGCCGGAGGCAAGAAGCUCCCGGCCGUGGAGGACCUUCGUGCAGCCAAGAAAGUCAUUGUCGUCAAGAACGGCAAGGUCGUGAAUUUCGUGCUGUAG